AUGGAGUCCGCCGGUACGUACGACGAGCACGCGCCGUACGCUCGACUCAUGGGUCUCGUCAAACAACUGCCGCAGAAUAGUGGACAAGCCGGAAACGAUGAAUUCCGUAUGGCAGCCUACUUGCCUCACCUUGUGAAAGGUGAGACGAACAUGAUUCUCCAUGGUCCUACUCGUAUGUCACCUCAGCAACGAUCCUUCUGGUCAUCAAAGCUGACCAUUACUGCAGCUUCAGGCAAGACCACCACCAUGCUUGUUGGCAUUGUCGAACGCGUUCAGAAGCACGUCAACAGCCAAGGCCGCUCACUGUCCUCCCAUUCCCAUCCAAAGGCAUUGGUCAUCGUACCCUCAUGCUACCUAUGCCGCAGAACCGCGGAUCUAGCUCGCUUUCUGGCCCAGGGUUCCGGUUCCCAGGAUAUUACGGUCCUCUCCGCUCAUGACGAUGACGUAGUUCUGAAAGGUGAAUGCAAGAAUGGCGCCGACAUUAUUGUCACUACUCCCAUGAUGCUUACGAGGAUCUUCCAAUCGGUCAGCAUUGACUGGUCCGAGACCUUGAUCCUGGGGCUUGAUGACGCCGAGCGUUGCAUGAGCUACUGGAUUGUUCAAGCGUUCGUUUGCUGCGGCAAGCUCUUCCAGACCUGCAAAAACAGGGUCCAAAUCAUUGCGACUGGCAGGAUUGUCGACAGGGGUCUCUUGGAAAAAGCGAACCACGAGCGGUUGUGCAAGGAUACGGUAGAUGUACAAUCGGUCUCACCAUCCCUCAACAUUCCGCACGGCGUUCACUGCGUCGACUCUUCUCAAGUCAGUGUUCGGGCGGGAAAGGCAGCUGAAAUUGUCCAGAGCAUCCUGAAGGGAGCCGUGAGCCCCAAGAGGCUUUCACCGCUCAUCACCACCGUCUGGGCUACACCUGCCCGUGCCACCACCGCGGCAAAUAUCUUCAAAGACAUAAUGCCUCACAUGGACACCGACGUCGUGCACUCGUUGGAUGAAGAUGUCACUCAGUCCGAGGUCACGCUGAGCCGCCGAGAAUUCGCAGUCGCAGAUGCCACGGGCUUCGGUACGUACGAGGUUCUCCAAGGCAGGCCUACCGACGGCGAGAACGACUCUCGCCCUCCCCUGAUCCUGAUCAUCCAUGCGGACAUGGCGCAUGAUACACCGGAGACGUCGUCGUGGCACGCGUGGUUCAAGAACACGUCCCGCAUCAGCGGAAACGGGAAGAAUGCCGGGUGUCUAACUUUCUUCAAUCCUCGGAAACAGUCGGACGUCAUCGUUGCGACCAACUUGCGAGACAUGCUCCUCCACGAGGAAUACCGUCAUGUUGUUCCACGUGGGCUUUCGUUCCUCAAAGAUGGCCCGAGGCGGGAUGCGAAGAAAAGUGACGAGACAAGUGACGAUGGAGCUGAAGAGGAUGGCGACGGAGAGGAUGGCUUCGUCCUAGUCUGA